AUGCAGCCCACGUUGAUGCACCAGCCCUCGGCGAACUUGACGAUUCUCACCAACGAGGAUUCGCAGAAGAACACGAGCAUCUAUCGUAAGGAGUCCUUAGCCUUGGAUGAUUUGCUCAGCGAGAGGGAAGAUCCUGCGAUGGAACUCUUGGGACGUUUGUCCGAGCUCUUUAAGAAGCAGGAGGUGCAGAUCCAAACCUUGAACGAUGAAGUGCAGCGCUUACAGGGGCGGAUCCGGCGCAUCAGCUUGGAGAACGCCGACCUCAAGAGCAAUCCGACCACACCACAGGCGUAUAAACCUGAGGAGUUGCCCGAAAACUUCUUACAGCUGAAGAUCAUGCGGGGCCCUUCUCGGGGCCCACCCGAGCACGAAGACGAGGUGCCCGACGAGCACACGGAGCAGUCCCGAGAGAUGCCACCCUCCAGUGGCUCGCUGAGACUGAAGUUUUUUCGCCGGGUGCCCGGAGACGACAGAUGUGGAACCGACGAAGAUGUUCCGCCGUCCAUAGGAGAAGAGAUCUUCUCCCAAGGCAACGAUGCAGGGCAGCUGUGCGCGCUGCCCGAGAACUUCUGGGAGGAUGAUGAGGACCCAAGAACCGAAAAGGGUGAGGACAGGGUGGUGGACGGGGGCGAGGAGGAUCUCACCGAUGCCGUGGUGAAGGUCUUCGCCGCAGUGUCCGAGCCCAACUACGCGGUGCCCUGGGUCUACAAGCCGCAAGACGCCCGAACUGGAACUGCCUUCGCUGUAACCUGGGAGAAAGAAAGCCAGUGGUUGCUGACCAACGCCCACGUGAUUCGACACGCUGCGGUGAUCCAGGUGCGGAAGCGCGGUGACCACCAAAAGUUCCUGGCGAAGCUCUUGUGCGUCGGCUUGGACUGCGACCUGGCCAUCUUGACGGUCGAGAGCCCGCAGUUCUGGGAUGGUUUGCCUAGAGUUCGCCUGAGGCGAGAAGAUGCGCUGCCGCGCUUGCAGGAGGAGGUCACGGUGGUGGGUUAUCCCAUCGGCGGGGACAAUGCCUGCGUCACCGUGGGCGUAGUGAGUCGCAUCGACAUGCAACGCUACAAUGUCUGUUGGACCCAGAGUUUGCUGGCCAUCCAGAUCGACGCUGCGAUCAAUCCGGGCAACUCCGGGGGGCCCUGCUUCGGCGCGGGCGACUUUUCAGGAUGCUUGCUGGGCGUGGCUUUUCAGGUGCUAGGCCGGGAGGAUGCGGAGAACAUCGGAUACAUCAUUCCUGCUGAGGUGGUUCACCACUUCUUAACUGACUACAUCCAGAACCAGCGCUACACCGGCUUUGGCAGCUGUGGCUUUGCAGUGCAGCCGCUGGAGAACGCUCGGAUGCGCCUGGCGCUGGGUUUGAAGCCUCACCAGAGCGGCGUUCGGGUGACCAUGGUGCACCCCGCCUCAGCCGCCCACGAGGUGGUUUCGGUGGGGGAUCUCAUCAUCAAGGUGCAAGGCCAAGAGAUCGGAGACGAUGGCAAAGUUCCAUUUCGCGGCACCCGGAAUGAAAGGAUUGACUUUCACUACUUGGUGUCCAAGUGCUUCGUAGGGGACUGGUGUCAAUUCACUGUGCUGCGGCAGAAGAAGCAGAGAGAGCUCCAAGUGCAGCUUUCGGCGGUGCGGCCACUGGUGCUGCAUGACCCACCAGAUCCACCACAGUACUUCAUCAUUGGGGGCUUGGUCUUCGUGCCCCUGUCUGAGCCCUUCCUGUGGGAUGACUUUGGUGCCAACUAUCACAAAGAUGCUCCCAUCAGCAUGCUGUGGCAUUGGUUUGAUGGAGUCCGCGAAAGCAUGGACCACGAAGUCAUCGUGCUUUCGCAGGUCCUGGCCUCUCCACUGACCGUGGGCUUUACCGACUUCUACAACGUGCUGCUGGUGAGGUUCAACGGCCGGAAGGUGAAGAAUUUGGAGCACUUGAUGCUCAUGGUGCAAGGCUGUGAGGAGGAGUACUUGACCUUCGAGAUCGAGCGAAACAAUGUAAUCAUUCUGCCACGAAAGGAGGCGACCCAGCAAACUACCCAGAUUCUCAAGGACAAUAUGAUUUCCACAGAUCGCUCUGUUCAUUACCAACAUCUUCAGUGA